GGGAAACGUACCGUGCCGGCUUCAUCCAAUCUUUUCUGGAGAUAGAAAAGCGCGUGCAGGCCAACGAGGUCCGAAAAACGAAACCAGACCAAGCACAUGACACCGAAGUCGCGGAAUACGAGAUGGGCGAGUACAGCCAGCUCUGCGCGCACUUCCUUCUCGGCAUCCAUGACGAAGAUGAGAAGGAGCGGGAUGCGGUGGUGGACUUUUGGGCGUUGCCUGGCAGCGACAUGGACGCGCGGAGACCGUCGGCCGCGGGCUUUUCCAAACGCUCCACGGGGAGCAAAAGCAGCAAGGAAAGACUGAACAAGAAGUCCCCGGAACAAGAGGAGAGGAGAAGAAGGCUGGAAGCGUUUUUCACCGAGGAAUCCAAGCUCUGGGUCGCGCUAGCCCUGACAAAAGAGCUGGACAAAAGAUUUCCCAAGUACCAGGAGAAGAACAAAAACAAAAGCGAGGCUUUCUUCUUCAACAUCAAAAAUUCCGGAACUUCGCACUACUCGGCAAAGCAAGUCGCGGUUUUAUCGCCCGAAGUUUCCGACGGAAUCCGGGAAAUCAUCCAAAACUGCAAAGAUGAUUCGGGAAAGAGAAAGAAGAAAAUCGAAGAAUCGUUGCAGCACUUCACGUAUGAAAUGCAAAAAUGUCUGGGUCUGGAAGAGUGUGAACUUGUCAUGCUGUUUUUGGACUCUAAAAAAAUUUGCAUUGCAUGACCAGCAAGAAGGGUGCAAUUUGUGCCUCACGGACAGGGCAUUUCUCAUGCCGAAGGUGCAUCAGGAAGCUCUCCAAAAGUCUGCGAUGCUACGUCAUGCAUUACAGGCAUCAUGGGUCAUGAGAAAUAUGCAUGACAAAUCUUGCAUUCUUCCAGACCCAGACAUUUUUGCAAUCCAUAUCACCGGUCGAGGGUCGGACACAAACACGAAAUCGCGGUCUUCCCACACAUAUCCUGGGCAAAAGCAUUGUACUCGUACUAAUCGCAGUCAUGCAACACAAACUUCUUUUUCAAGCAAAAUCAGCACGACAAAUUCCAUUUGUCAUGCUGAGCUAAUUUGUGUUGCAUUACUACGUCUACGAGUGCGAUAUUUUUGCAGUGCAUGACACAAAUGAGGCCAUUCUGAUCGCGAACAAGCAUGAAAGGGUGGAACCGGUUUACCAGGAGCUGCUCGAACGAUACAACUCGGACGAUUACAACCCGACGAAAGAGGAGGAGGCCCGGCUGUCCCGCGCACUGCACGCAAACAAGCUGCUGAGCAAGGACUUGCACGGCAAGGCGAACGAUUUGAUGGCGCGGUACACCACGGACAUUGCCUGGAUGAAGCCAAACGGAGGGGCGGACAAGUGGAAAGUGAUCCAGGAAGAAGCUUUCCACGCAGGGAUUUUUGCAAAGCUGGAGUUGCAAGAAGUUCCGGAGCAGUUCAAAAGUGCUUGUGUGGACGAGAAGCUUGACCUUGACGACGGUAUUAAAGGCAAAUCUUCUUCCUGCUGCAUUGCGAAGUGCAUCGACCUAUGAAAUGUAAAAAUGUCUGGGUCUGGAUGAUUGCCAGGUUUGUCAUGCACAUUUUGCAUGACUCCUGAUGUCUGUGAUGCAUGCCCUAGCAUCACAGAUUUUGUGAGGGCUUCCUGAUGCCUAUACCGCAUGGCAAAUGCUCUUUCCGUGUAGCAAAACUUGGACUCUCUUUGCUGCUCACGCAAUGCAGAUUUUUUUAGAAUCCAAAAUCAGCAUGACAAGUUGGAUUCUUCCAGACCCAGACAUUUUUACAUUUGAUACGACCUGCUCGCCCGGGUUGAAGAGGUGUACAACAAGCUGCUGAAGAAGCUGGUUUAUGAACUGCAAAAGUAUCGUACUAGUAGUAAUUGCAAUACAAAUUAUUUCCUCAGCAAUGAGAAAUAAGAUUUCUAAUGCGGGUUUACCUUAGGAAAAAAAUUUGUAAUGCGUGAAUGCAAUUACUACGACACGACUAGUACGAUACUUUUGCACAGGAUAUGGUGAAGAACUACGCGAAAAUACAGCCUGCCAUGGGGGAAUUCAGAAGAAAGCUCAACCAAUACGUAAAGCAGCAAAAGUUGGAACAGAGUGAGAAGUUACGGGCGAACGUGGAGAGGUUCAAAACCACCAUCAACAACUGGAUCCAACGGGAAUCCAACUACUUCAACGAUGUGAAUGCUUUGAUGGAAUUAGCAGCGGAGGAGUGCCCGGAGGCGGUUAUUCCGAGGGUGGAGGAUUUAGAUCAUGCACAUCAACAGAAUCCAUCCACACAGAACUCCAGUUUUUCCGCACUUGGUGUUGUUCCUGGAGACCAAAGCACCAAGUCCUCCAUUGCGUCUUCCAUCGUUUCGGACCUAAAUAGCCGUGUGGUAGAGCCAUGGUCACGGGAGGAAGACCCGCUGUUGGUCACGUACGCUUACGGGGGAAGCAGAAUCUUCACGACAGAUGCUAGUGCGGGCAGUUCUUCAAGUGCAACGAGUUCUAGCAGCAUCAAGUACUUCCCCCCACAGCCGGAGCGGCGGCACUUGCCGGGAAACAAGGGCAGUUGCAGUGUCUGGCUACUCGGAAAGGCUUUGAAGGAUAUCACGACCAAAGGUCGCGACGUGGAGAUUUACCGCUGCGGAGGGGACUAUGCAUUGCAAAAGUAACGUACUGGUGUAAAUUGCAUUACAAAUUGAAAUUUUCGCAAGAAGAGAAGUUGAAUUUGUAAUGCUGUUUUACCUUUGGAGGAAGAUUUGUCAUGCAUAUUUACAAUUAGUACGAGUGCGAUACUUUUGCACAGCAUAGGGACGAGGAGGUAGGGAUUGGAGGGAUAAUGAGCGGAGGCGGUGGUACAUCAACUCCGGCAACCUCUUCCUCGAACCAGCAGCAGCAAGCACAGCACCUGAGUUUACCGGUUGCAAAUAGAACCUGGGAGGCGCAGUGGGCGUUCAGCAAGUUUUUUUCCGACGUGGUUCUGCAAAAACUUUUGGAAGACAACGGCUCUACUAGCACGAUGAUCAGCAACGACAAGAACUUCUCCGCUUCGAGUCAUGAUAUGCAGUUCGACCAAAAACUCGACUUUUGGUUGUGCAGAGACGAACAAAAUAGAAAAGAGUUGCGUCAGCUGUCCGACGUGAUCAACGAAUUGCGAGCCUCGCUCUUCUCGGAGGCAAGCUUCAAACUGAUGAACUGGUCCGAACCCAAUCCCAUCCGUUAUGGCGUUCUCAAAUGUUACAUUCUCAACUGUUACAUGAUUUGUAAUGCAAAGCUACCUACUUGAGCCGCCAGGUGGUCCAGCUGCUUCGCAUGACAAAUCUGCGAAGGCCCAGACAGCACCUAAAUCUGCGCCAAACUUGUAAUGCAAAAGGCUCCUUUCACUUUUGCCAGUCUUGCAUUACAAAUUCAUGUACCAGUUGAGAACGUAACAUUUGAGAACUCCAUACCCGUCCCGCGUUAAAGAAGCACCCGACCAUAACCGCCCCCGGCGAUAGGGAGAAGGACAGAAAGUAUUAGAAGGAAAAAUCCCCCCUCCCCAUAUCGAAACGAAGUUUCUGAUGCUGGAUUUCCGUACGCAAAUCAGAUUUGUCUUGCUGGAGAGGACUGCAGGCAUAUGCCAAGCCUCAGUCGAGAGGUUUUGACGUAGGCGCCUAGCAUGGCAAAUGUGUAUGCUCUAAGCCCAACAGCAUCACAAACCGCCUGGAAAGUGCGGGGCGCUCUCUGGACUUGCCUUCUUGCAAGACAGACAGGAUUUGAGGUCACAAAUGCGCAUCGCAAAUUUUCAGACGGAUACGUUUUCAAUAUGGGGAGGGGGGAUUUUUCCUCACGAUAAAAAGCUCGAAGCUGCUAAACCGCAAAAGUCGUUGGACCAGUUACACCAGGAGAUUCUGAAGGAGGUGUUUUCAGAAAAUCUCCGGCACUUGUACCCGAAAAAGAACAAGAAUUCCACAGCAGAUCGGAGCUCUCUGGGCGAAAACUUGUCUCUCUGGUUGUUCUUCCAGCUUGCCGAGCGUUGCCGGGUCCUGUAUGGAUUGCAAAAGUGUCUGGGUCUGGAAGAGUGCAGGAGUUUGUCAUGCAGAUUUUGCAUGACCCAUGAGGUCUGUGAUGCAUGCCCUAGCACCAGAGAUUUUGCGAGGGCUUUCUGAUGCUCAUACCGCAUGAAAAAUGCCCUCUCCGCGUAGCACAUAAUGCACCUCUUUUGCUGUUCAUGCAAUACAGAUUUUAUGUAGAGUGCAGAGGUAGCAUCACAAGUUGCAUCCUUCCAGACCCAGACAUAUUUGCAUUUGAUAUCCUGCAAACCUUGUUCAAGUACUUCUACUCGAAUCUGCAACCGGAGGAACAGGAAAGGUUUGCUAUCCUGUGCAAAAGUAUCUACUCGUAUUGCAAUCAUGCAUUGCAAAUUUUUUUCUUGAGGUAAAUCAGCAUUACAAAUUCUAUUUCUCAUGCUGAGGAAAUUUGUAAUGCAUUUAUGCGAAUACGAUACUUUUGCACUGCAUAUUUGCCACUCUGCCGCAACGGGGGAAGAAGGACAUAGUGGAGCGCGAAUUCACUUUGAACGAAGAGGAGCUGCGGAAGUGCGUCACGGAAUAUUUAGCGGAGGCCGCGGGGAAUAUCUACAAGUCAUCUGGCCUGAACAACAUGAACCAGCAGUACAACCGAGUGCCGCAGGUUCUCUAUCAAAGUGGAAAAAGCCCCCACCCCAUAUCGGAAACGGAAGAUGUGCGAAUUUGUGAUGCUGUAUUUGAGUACACAAAUCGACUUGUAUUGCUAGAAGGCCAAGAGACGAAGCUGCGCCCAAAAUUGCUGGUAAUCUGUCAUGCUGUUUCCCACUUCCAGUCGCCUCGUGUCAUCCUGGAGCUGCAAGGCUUUCCCACGCUAGACAGCACUACAGUCCGCAUCUUUUGCCUUCUAGCAUCACAAAGCUAAUUUGUGACCACGAAUCUGCAUCACAGAUUUCCGUUUUGAUAUGGGGAGGGGGCAUUUUUCAUUGUAAUAUCCUCCUCCGCACGGCCGACGAGCUGGAUGAGAAGUACGGACUAGAUCACAUCGUCGCGACCAACCUGGCGAGUUGCAUCGCGAAGCCGCAGAACGCCACAGCUCUGUCCACGGCGAAAGUGUGCAUCACGAUGCCGCGUGACCGGCUAGAAUCGUUCUCGAAGAAAUUUGUUUCCCGCCGGGAAGAGCUGCUGAAACGGGUGCAGAAAGAGUGGCAAAUCCGGUUGAAAGUCGCACUGCAGGAUUACGAACGACUGAUGGCCAUGUCUGGUGCGGAACAACAUCCAAGCGAAGGCACCAGCAGUUCUGGUUCCCCCGAGCAACUAUCGGCGAAGCAAAUCGGCGAAAUAGUUCACAACAUUCAGCCGGUAGCGAUGUGCAAAAUCAUGUACCGACUCUAUCACAGUCCGCACAAUGAGGGAGCAAGAGCAAUCUUCUGGUACGAACAGAAAAUGGACUUUCACCGGACCACGUCCGGCACCGUAAAGUUUGACAACUGCCUGACCGGCGACGAAGCGAAUGAAGCGAACCAGAAGAUACUGCGGGAGUUUUUUUCGAAUCGGAGGUUCGCGGUCAAAAAAUACCAUUUCUACAGCUUCGAAUUCGAGAAGGCCUUAAAGAUCGAAUUUUCCCGGCUCGCUUUGAAGAUGAACCAGGUGAGCAGCGGGACACUUGACGCGGAGGUGACGCUGCUGAAGGGAAAAGUAUUGGAACUCGCUAAAGAGUUACACGACUUGAAUCCGAAGAAAAGAUUGCGGAGCUUAUUCACAAGGGAAGAAUUGGAAAAGAAAGAAAAGGCAUUGAACAGUGGUGGUUUCGAACAGCUGCUGUCCGCGCUGGAUGCUGAGAUUGUUCACACAAAAAUUGCAAAAGAGAAGACGAACAAAGAUCGUGGCACGUCUUCCUCCGCGCGAAGAUUCGAACUGCAGCAGCCGAUAAGGAAGAGCAGUUUCAUCGACGCAGCGUCGCCACAAGCAGGGCCGCGCGGCAGAAGUACGUCCAGUCAUUUCCUGUUGCAGAACAACGUCCUGAAUAGCAGCCAAGAAAACCUCACCUCUACUUGUUACGCCGGAGGACACAACAAGCCUUUUGCUCCACUUUUUUCACCAGUGCGGGAGAGUAGUAGUAGCAGCAGUUCAACAUCCGACAGCGACGACAGUGUUGAUUCGCCGGAAAGAUUUGGCAAGCUAUGGGCGGAAAUUUGCAGCUUGAAGAAAACUUCUACAACGAAUAAUAUAACCCCUGCUACUGGCGGAGUUGUAACGUCAAAGAAUCGCGCUGUUGUUGCAGCGAGCACGAAAAUUAUGAACCGAGCUGCUGCAGCAUCAAAUGUACAGACAGCAGUACAACCACAGCAUGGAUUGAACAAACAAGCAAUAGUUGCAAAGGCGAAACAACGAGCGCCCUCUGCGUCACCAAGAGCUGGUGGAGCCACGCCGCGGCCGCAGCAAGGUGCUGUUGUGAACGGUUUCACAACUGCUCUCAGCAGUGCAGCUGCAGGUCCAAACAAUAAUUACAAGCGACCACACUCUUCUUCCCCGUCCGGCGCACGGCCAGAAACGAAACUUGCGAAACCUGCAGGAGCAGGUCCGCAACGGGUUGAUGCGACGCCACGAGGUUGUACUAACAUGCAGCCAAGUAUUAACUUCGCAGUGCCGAUGGCGAGUCCGCGAGGAGCUUUGACGAAGCGGCAAGAAGAAAUCGAGCAGCAGAAGCAGAGGCUAGAGAUGAUAGAGCAGCAGAAGCUACAGAACCAGCAGCAGCAGAAAGCACAGCAAAUGAACCGAAGACCUGUUGUCCCGGCCGGAGGCACGUUUCAACCCCCCAUGCGAGGUCGAUCCCCGGCUCCCGCUUCAUCAAGAGCGGCGCAACAACAGAUAACUCAGCCAUCUCCUACAGCAGGCAUCAUUGUGCUCGAAGACACGCCAACUCCAGCGAAAGCGAACCUGGGUAACAACGUUCGAAACGGCAUAAACCCGCUUUCUCCCUCUGCGAUCGGCGAGCCGCAUCCCGAACCGGAGUCAGGAUCGGAUUUGGAGGAAGAGAUAAAUCCACCCGGCGCGGGGGCACAGCAAGCAGUUCCAGGUGCUUCACGUAAGAAUAUCCAACCACAGAAACUCAACUACGAUCAUGCUGCUAAGAACAAGGGCAAGGUUGUUGCAGCGCCAACUUCUGUUGCGGCUUCUUCUUCUCAACAGCAAACCAAAGGAGCUCCGCGUCCGUCUGUUGUCCCCGCUGCACAUGCACAGAGUUCGUCCGUUGUAGUCGGCACCAGCAGUAGCAGCAGUAGUUCUAGUGUUGCCGCAGCAAGGAACAUCCAGCCACCGGGCGCAGUUGCUGCUGCGGCACAGCAGGAGCGCAAGAAAGUCCAGGUGGUCCCGAACCUUGCGAUAAAUGCGCCCACUGUAGCUACUACUACGUCUGAUGGUAGCACGCCGAAAGAGCUUCUUGUGCAUGAGUAUGGGGUAGUACAGUCGCAACAAAAAGAACAGCAACAGCUGCAACAAACCAGAAUAUUACCAAAACAGCCUACACCUCGAGCAGCAGCGACAACCACCACCCCCAUCCAAUCACACAAUCAGCAAAACAUAAGCAGCCAGCACCGCGCCAGCGUGACACCCGGCGGCUCCUUUGUGAUGAAGUCCAUGUCGCCCCGUUGGACUGCGAUCGCGAGCAAUGUAGAGGACUUCCGAAGCAGGAUACGCGAAUUGCACAAGACCUUACCCGCGGAGCAAAUUGACUGGUUCUGUCAGACGAUUGCGGAGUACCACCCAUUAUUGAAGCCCAGACACGAGAAACUCGACCUUCCGGCCGCGGUUGAGUUACUGAAUGAGUUUUCCUAUCACGCGAGACACUGCUACCAACAUUACAACACCUACACCUGGAUAUCGUUUUUAGAGGAUCCUUCGCGGAAUGGAAAUCCCCGAGCUUCUACCUCGAACAGCGACGAUAGCGGGGGAGACGCGCGGGGGAAGUUUGUGAAGCCGCCGCCGAGACUGUUUAAUUUAGAAAAGGAACAAACGAAAAUCAAGGGCAAAAGAGAGUGCGAAGCGCUAUGGGAUCGGUGGGAUCGGUUUACGUUGUUGCUCUGUCUGAUCGAGUAUGAACUGCAAAAUUAUCGUACUCAUAUUGCAAUCAUGCAUUGACAAAUCUUUGUCUUCAGGUAAAUCAGCAUUACAAUCAUGCUGAGGAAUGCAUUUAUACGAGUGCGAUACUUUUGCAAUUCAUAUCGAGAUGGUGAUCGAGAUUUUAUCGACGGUGCUGCCGAAAGAAGCGUAUCACUACGCGCUUGCGAAAAUUCAAGUUUGGUGUUUGGAAAUGGCGGGGAAUAGUAAUAGCAAGAAUGACAAGCUUCUUGCGACCAUGAGAAAGAGGAUGAAGACACUGCUGCCAGGUGGAGAUGUUUCGGUGUAUUCUGGGGGAAGUGACGAUUACCACGAACUCCAUGCCUGGAUGGUGUUUGCAAGGUUUUACGUGCAGGCCAAUAUGGACGAGCUAGAGCCGAAAGGUACAAAUGGAUACCGAUACGAAUACAUUUUCCUCUUUUGUACUUAUUAGAAGUAAGUGAAAUUGUACCACUUUCAGUACAUUGGUUGCCGUUUUUCUUUCUGUCAAUGGUAUCUCCUUGACAAGAUUCGGGUUUUUUCUCAUAACGAAAAUUGAUACAAAAACCAGCUCCCGGCGACAUCGAUUCGCUUUACCUUCAGUUCCGGGAGUUGCGGCGGCAAGGCCUGACUGAAGCGGCGCUUGCGUCGCUCAAACACCAUGAUCCGGACCACGAGCAGCUGCGACACAGGAACCUGCACACCGAGGAGAGCCGCCACUUUCUGGUGAGUAAUCUGCUUCUCAACCCUGAGUACGGCUUGAUCAAAGGUCGGGUUAACCGGCAACGGGCGGAAAGCGCAACGGUGGCGGCGUUUCAAGGGGAGCACGCGGUGAGGCCCAGCGACGAAAACAAGAUUGUUGAGGAUAGCAGUUCUUGUGGAGAGCAGGGCGAGUUCUUCACCGAGCACCAAAUUGCGGAACUGACCAACUUCCUCUGCAACCUCCACGAGCGACUCAUUCGGGCCCAGGAGAAGAGGGCGCGCCGGAGCGAUACGUACCAGCGGACCGCGAUUGGGCUGAUUACCAUGGGCAUGAAAAUUGGCCAGCCGCCUGCGAUGGUCAGUCCGAACUAUAUUUCCUCGGCCGCUGCUGGUAGUGAUGGUCUUCUUGGACAGCAACAGAACAAUAGCUCUAGACGCGCCGGUGGGCCAGGCUUUGCCACGAGCAGCAGCAGUUCCGCACUGCCACAUGGUCCGAGCGGCGUGCCGGUCUUGUCAUUAGCCAACAACAAUCCUGGCAGCAGUCCGGUGAGCCGCCAACAACUGGAAGCAGUAAGACAACAACAAUUGGCCAACGUAUCGCCAGCAGUCGUGCACGGGCAGUACGACAAAAGAUUUGGCAUUUCCCCGGGGGAGCAGGCGGUUUUACGGGAACAAAUACCCGCGCCGGGGAUAAAACCUCCAAAGAUGAAAAAUGCAAAUGCGGCGAAACCAAAUCAUCCAAAGGCAAAAGCUGCCGCCUCUCGCCGUGCGUCAACCGCUUCUGUCGCCGCUGGUGCGCCUGUUAGUAGUAGAAGGGGGUCAAAGGAAACGCUGAAGCAGAAAAUGGAACGACAGUACAGGGAUGAGCUGUACGGAAUAGAAAAUGAUUCGGACGAGUGGCUACCUCCGAAGAACCAGAGGAAGCCUUCGAAGCAACCCAAGGCAGCGGCUUCGAAGGCUGCGAAUAAAGCGGGUCUUCUACCCGCCGCGAAGCAUGGAGCGGCGGCCAGGAGACCUUCGACAGCUGUAGGGGGACCGAAUACGCGAACCAAUCAGCAACAAGCAGCCCCGCAACAGCUCGACGCGUCUGUGCUGGAUGGAGAUGAGUUGUAUCAGGAAGAGGAGAGUAGUUCCUACGGUUUCGUCACGUCGAGAAAGCGCGUGCUCUACCACGAGUCACCUUUCAAGGAAAACAUUCAGCAGCCAGAUGCUUUUCACAUCGCAGCGACAGAUGAAGAAAAUUUUGUUAUCAAUGGUGCACAGCAGCAGCAGCAAAAUCCGGCUUCUGCCCGAAGCGCAGCUGGUCUUGUGCCGUCAAAAACAAAAUCAGGCGGGGCCGCGGCAGCUGGUGGUAGCAGUAGCAGUAGUGGCGGCACAGGACCGAAUACUUUUUCCAGUGUAUCUUCGAACCAACUACAAGCAGCAAGUAAAAACAGGCUGCCUCGUGCCAGUGUGCAACCGCAGCAAAACGACCUGGGCAACCACAACCAGCGCGGUCGGCCUUCGGCCGCCGGCGGUGGCGGUCAGCAGCCAUUGAUCCGAGGGCCGAAGGCGAGCCGGGUCGCUGCACAUAAUGGCCCGCCUGUCACAACAAGCGUACUACCAGGAGCAGGCACAACCGGGAACAACAUCAAGCCAGCUUCUACACCACGAAGUCAUAACCAGACGAGAAACAAGCGGAGCACGGCGGCCGCUCGGAACAACAACAAAGAUGCGAACUGUGUAACAGAUGAAGAGGUCGCAAACCUACCACCGUUGAUUCUCCCAGAUGUGAACAGGAUCCAGUAUCCACAGCAGCAGUACCCGCAAGUGUUCGACAAUCAUGGCAACCCGGUUCAUUCCCCCGAGGCGCCACAUUACGUGGCAGCACCAAAUUAUGAACUGCACAAGUAUCCUACUCGUAUAAAUGCAUUACUAAUUUCCUCAGCGUGACAAAUAAAAUUUGUAAUGCGGAUUUACCUCGAAAAGAAACUUUGUAAUGCAUGAUUGCAAUACGAGUGCGAUCCUUUUGCACAGGAUACAAAUCGCAGAGGGGCGAGACAAAGCAGGGCCAGCUUCCAGCCCCAGUAUCAACUGUAAAAAUGUCUGGGUCUGGAAGAAUUCAUGUUUGUCAUGCUUGUCUGGCAUGAGUCUUACAUCUGUCAUGCACGUUACCCAAGAGCUCCGUUUUUCUGUGAUGCAGAAGCGCUGUUUGUCAUGCAGAAUAGGCAACACCUAGGAGCUCAGAAACUUGUCAUGCUGAGCCAGCAUUUGUAGCCUCAUCAUGAGACGCCGCCCAGCAUCACAAGUUUCCAGACCCAGACAUUUUUACUUUUGAUACCCAGUCUACGCAUAGUAUAAUCGGAGGUCAGCACCAACAGCCUGGAAUGCUUUUGAGUGGUGGUGCGAAUUAUCCAGUUCCGCAACACGUCCAGGCACAACUGCGCGCUCCGACGCCGCGAGGCAACAAUCCAAGUACAAACUUCAUGAUGCAGCAAAACAAUCUUCGUCAGCGCCAGCACGUCUCCUCGCCAAAGCUGAAGCGGCAGCGGGUUGAGUCUGAAGAUUCGACCGCGGAAUAUCGGCUGUUUGAGAACAACCAGCAAUUUGUCGAUUUUGAUAAAGGAACAGAGGUGGACCAGCAUCUUCAUGCUGCUGGACAAGGACAACCACAGGCACAGACACAGCAGGACAAUCGACACCCGCGCUCUCUUUCGCAGCAAUCGCAAUCGGAACAGUCUGAGCCAGUGUGGGAUCCAGAUUUGAUGGGAAACAAGAGCCUCCUGGAGUUGAAGCCAAGGUCGAAAGAAACCAACGAUGGGGAUAAUGAUGAAGAUAGCAGCAUGAUCAAAGUGACACAAGUGGCGUUUAAGCAACCGAGAACAGCAAGGGGUGGAGAACAGAAUCAUGCGGCGGUGCAGAAUCUGCAGCAACAAUCUGCGUCUUCGUCGAGCCGAAAUACCGGUUAUUUCAGCAACCAGACCCACCUCCCCGGUGCGACGAGAAAUGGCACCAUGCAAGGCGGAAGUAGAGCCGGCGGCGCUACGCCUCGCGUUGGAGGUACAAGGCCUGGGGGUUCUGGUUUCACGAUGAACUCGAACCAUCACCACCGUGCCGAUGAGCAGGAAAUAAAUCGACAGAUGAUGUUCCAGCAGCAGCAGCAGGUGCAGCAGCAAACGAUGGCGCAACAGAGCAACCAAAUAAAGCGUCCGGGAAGAAACGCUUUCGGGGCUAAUGCUCGGAGUGGCAUCUACGCGAAAAAUAAAAGCAAAAUAAAUAUCUUUGGCUGAAGGUGCUGCAGGGGCCGUCCGACGAUGUAUGAUGUCCUUGCGCUCCCGGGCCUUGGCACAUUUUGCUGGACCGAAUUCGCAAAGAUAACUCGAUACUGUUUCAAAAAUACAUGCAAAAGUUGUAAACUCUGCACGAUAGUACGCGUGGCAGGUUUUUUUCUUACUUGGAAUAUCAAGAGCGGAGCAAACAAUCAAUGCGAAAAUAAACUCAACAGUUGCGGUUCGGAGUCAUGAUCUCUUCAGAGCAAAACUCAAAAGUUCAAUCUUUGCAGCAGUAGUAGUGUCUCUUUUGCGUUCUUUUUUUGAACAAAAUCUUCACCUUGCAACCCUUGUCUUAUCUGUCCGAUGUAGAUAUACAUUUUCAUUUUCCUAGUCCUGUUGUAUGUUGAAACGGGCGCCAAUGCCCUUCUGGAAGGACAUCAUCAUCUGAGGAAAUUGCUUUUAUUUGAUAUGCAAAUUAUUAUAAAAAGCUGCUUGCCGCGGCCAACACGUAGAACAAGUGCUUGGACGAGAAGCUCUAGCCAGCAGGAUGUACUAUCAGUAUGUCAUGUUCGCGCGUAUUGCUGUUGCUUACGCCACUGCAAAGGCGAUAUGAGAAAUUUGCACCUUUAGACAAGUCUAGAAGUAAGUCGAAAAAAUAAACAGAGAAAAAUUUGCCUAAAC